CAUCUGGACAACAAUGAUAUGGGGGUGCCAUUUCCAUCAAAAUGAAGUGAUUUCAUCAAGAAAAAUAUAAAUAAAUAGUGUUUAAGGGAAAGGGUAAGUGAUUUAGCUUGUAAAAAAUGGACCGAGGGACUAUUUGUGUAAAGGACGUCCAUUUUCUGUUGAUUUUGGAACGAGGCUUCGUUUGAUUUCUUCGGCGCUCUGAACUAGGGGGAAAGGUAAGGCUAGAGACAAGACCGGAUAUCAGUCUGUGAAACAUAGCCAGGGUCAUUCUCCCAAUUUUCACGUUUGGAAACCUCGUGAUUUUAUCUCCUACUUAAGACUUUUGACAGUUUUGCCAGCUAGUGCGUUCGUUCGGGAUAUGCUCUUUUCAAGUUCUAUGAAGACUUAUUAUUUUUUUCAAAUUUAAAGUUUCUCUGAAUGUUUUUUUUUUUUUUCUAUUCUAAGACAGUCUAAGUAGAUUUCAAAUAAAUGUAGAGGUCAGUAUGUGUUUUGUUUACACCUUCUGCUUUGAUUUGUUGGUGUAGAGGAGAUGCGUGGAGAUGCCAUGAUCUCUAUAACUAAAAGGCCGUUACCUUUGAGUAACACACGGAGUGUAAACAGGUUCUGCAAAGAGGUAAUGCUUUAUUGUAAAGAAGUUAAGCACCGAGAACCAUUGUUACCACUGUACCGUAAGUAUCUAUAUUAUAUUUAAAUGCUGUCUCUAAAAGACCACGAAGCAAUGCUUAACUCUGAUAGGCAAUGUACAAUAUCCAUAUUACAGUUGACUAUUACACAUUCGAGUAAAAAUUUGAUAAGACUUGUAUCAAGUAAUAAAAAAAAACUUUUUUUUUUUUUUGAGUGAAUUAUUUCUAAAUACCAAAUCAUCUCUUGACAGAAUAAAUCUAAUUUUGAAAUCUGUUAUGAAAACUAAACACCGUUUUCUUCAUAUAUCUAAGCGUUCAAUGUGUCAUAUUACACAUGACAUAGAGCAAACUCCAAAAAUUCAGCUUGUAAAGGACCAGGAGUUUUACUAUUGACAUAGAGAAACACAAUGAAAUAACUGUUCACAUGACUUCUUAGCUUAACAAUUGUUACCGCAAAUAGUCUAAUGUAGUGUUUUUUUUAAAAAUUAUUUAGUAAUCUUAUUGGUUAAGAUUGAAAAUUGAUUUGCUAGUUGAAUGGGAUCACCUUUUCCUGUUAGGAAACAUCCAUGUGGGCGACUAUUUUCGAACUUGAAUACAAUUGUUACCUUAGAAAGUGUGUUUGUGGGGGCGGGGGUGGGGGGGGGGGGGGAUUUUUUUUUGCCUAUUUUGUUACACAUUUUUUUUUUUUUAAAUUGUAGAACACAGUAUCGUUCAGCGUCCAAUUCUAUUUGAAAUGUACUAUCAUCGAACAACCUAACUGAUAAAGAAAUGACAGUGAAACUCAUAUUUUCAAAACGCAUAUGCAAUAUUUACAUUUAAGGUGGACAAAAAGUUGAACAAGCGACACAUAACUCUGACAUGAAUUGUCUCUAUUAGAAAAAAACAUAUUCAAGUACUUACUUACAGUAAACCAUCUUUAAAUUCACCAUCGUUCAUUAAAGUCUGAACGUAUUUUUUUUUUUUUUGGUUUUACUUUCAUCUGAAUGAAAUUGAGUAUAUCGCCAAUUCUAAAUACCAGCAGUAAAGAAAUGUUGAUAUGAAAGAUGCAUCAUUUGCUAUUGUUUUACUAGUCACAAAAAUAUAAUGAUAUAUAAUGAUGCACUUGGGCUAUCCGUCUAUUUUCAAGAUUAUAAAGUAAAUACUAGGUCAACAUUAUUUAAAAUUCCAAUUUCGAUGUUUUAGUCAAUGGAUAAAUUAUAACAUAAUAUUAUUUCAAUAGAUCAACCAUAGCAAAAUAGCAUUACAAUAAAUCGAUCAUAGCACGAUUGUAUUAAAUCUAUACAUUGAACUAUAUGUAUAUUAACGGGUUGGACAAAAAUCGGGAGACUGUACUAAACUACGCAACUACAGAUACUCAUUGAUUUAUUUUCGUUUAUGGCUUAAAGUGUACUUAAAAUUUACUCAUUGGGUUAGUCGCCUUUAUGGCUUGAAGUGUACUUUAAUUACCCAUUGUCUAAGAUUUAUAAAAUAUAAAUUGAUGUUGUUUUUUCAUUACUAGAAUUUGCGUCCUCCAAAGAAAGAAAAGUCGACAACGAAGGUGGGUCUCACUAGGGAAGGUUUUCAUUAAUUCAUUUAAGAAUUAAUGUCAUGGUUAAUUUUGCAUAAAAAAGACAACUAACUUUUAAAAUUUUACAGCUUAAAUACUUAAAAAACUGAGACUCCAGUCAUGUAUUGUAUUAUCUACAACUGAGACUCCAGUCAUGUAUAUUAUUAUUUACAACUGAGAUUCCAGUCAUGUAUCUUAUUAUUUACAACUGAGACUCCAGUCAUGUAUCUUAUUAUCUACAACUAGACUCCAGUUAUGUAUCUUGUAACUGGAAGCUUUCUUAUUCUCUUCCUUAAUUCCACAGAGGCGGAUAGGAACAGAUUAGAUGUAGAGAAGAGUAGAUCGGUCGACACAGAACAUCUAACAAAGGCGGGACAAAGUAAGGAUUCGGAAACUUACAAGACAGCUACAGGCCAUGUAAGUCAUAAUGUCACAUACUGCAUGUCAUUGUUUACUUCAAUGUACGUCGUAGUGUCAGGUACUGCAUGUCAUUCAACACUUCCAUGUAAAUCGUUAUAUUAGUUACAGAUUUGUCAUUCAAUUCUUCCACGGAAGGCAUAAUGGCAGGUAAUAUGUCAUUCAAUACUUCCAUGUAAGACCUAAUGUCAGAUCCUGCAUGUUAUUCAAUACUUCAAUGUAAGUAGUAAUGUCAUAUACUGCAUGUCAUAAAAUACUUACAUGAAAUUCGUAACGUCAUAUACUGCAUGUCAUUCAAUACUUCCACGUAAGUCGUGAUGUCUGGAAAUGUGUCCCAUUCAAUGAUUCCAUGCAAGUCGUAAUGUCAGAUAUUGCAUGUCAUCCAAAGCUUUCUUGAAAUGCGUAAUGUCAGGAACUGCAUGUCAUUCAAUACUUAAGCGUAAGACAUAAUGUUAGGUACUGCAUGUCAUUCAAUACUUCAAAGUAAGCCGUAGUGUCAGAUACUGCACGCCAUUUAAUUUCCAUGUAAGUCGUAAAUCCAUUACUAAAUGUCAUUCAUUAUUGUCAUUUCAGUCUUAAAAUCUGCUAGGAUACUGUAGAUGUUAUUUAUUAAUUCCACAUAUUUCUAAUUAUCCGGUACUAUAAAAUGAAUCAUUUCCAUGAUUUGAAGCACAGCUGACCUUACCAAACUUUUCUGCCUUAAAAAUCAUGCACUACAAUGUGAAUUGUAGUUGAAUAAUUGACAAUUGAAUUGUAAUUUCAUUAUAAUUUUUGUCCAGAAAAUCGACAAUAAUAGUGACACAAACUAUUUUUCAGCGUCUUUUGACUUCUGUGUUAGCUCUAUCAUAAACGAGAAUCAUAAAGCUAUCUAUAAGGGCUGAAUCAUACAGCUAUCCCUUAAAUAAACAUUGAAUCAUACAGCAAUCCUUUACGCAAACACUGAAUUAUACAGCUGUCCUAUAAGUAAAAACUGAAUCAUACAGCUGACCUAUUAAUAACCAUCAUCCAGAGAAUAAAAGCUGAACUAGAAUGUAAGAAGCCGACAUGCGUAGAAGAAUAUCAACUACAGACACACCAGAUAAGAGCAGCCCAUAGUUUUUUUAAUGUUAAUUUAAUCAAAAUUUUUUUUCUUGUUCUGUUCUAGACAGCCACAAACAAGUUCCCAUAUCAUGUCAUUGCCAGCCUUGUUACCAUUAUUUGGCUCCUAAAUAUUGUCUUCGUAAUAUGGUUAUUUUUUGGAAGAGGCGGUAAUAAAAUGAAAGUGCCCACUAAUGUAGGUGAGUUGUGUCCGUAACGUGCGGUAACGUACGCUCAAAACUAUUCACAUUUUUACAGGGGAAAAACUUAUACAAUAACUAUGGAAUAAUUUAUACAAUAACUAAAUAACUAUGGAAUACAUUAUACAGUAACCAUGUCUACAUGAGAAAUAAUAUGGAACUAGGAAUUAGGAGCAUUGAGAGUGGUAGCCACAUUUUAAUGCUAACUAAUAUGUGAUGGGAGGAAAACAACGGUAUGACCAACUAACAUUCAUUCAACGGACUAUGGUUAUAAGCCUAUAUUUAAGAAUGCCUUUUUCUAAUAAAAGCUAAUUUUAAAAGGCUGGUACAUUGAUCUGUAUAUCAGUCGUCAAACUGAAGGAAUUAUUUCUGGCAUCCGUCCGUCACCAUGCGACGAUGGUGUGGAAUUCGCAUUACGAAAUCUUCAAGGCCUAGGAUUAUUUUUCUAGAAUUAUAAGCUGGUUCCCAACAGCAAAUCGCUUCUCUCCACGCCGCUGGAUAGCCCAAGGGAACAUCAUGUGAAUUAUACAGCUUGGCACCAGUGGCGUCGCAGGAGUUUUCGGAAUGUUUCAUUGUAACAUGGUUGUCCGCGUACGGGACUCCAUCUCCGGGUUUGAUUUCAGAGUUUCCUUCUCUUAGAUGAGUUGCUAUGCAAGGUUAACAAGUCCCAUCCACCCGGGGUGCUGGUGAUGUUUUUGCUUGACAGGAAUUAACAGUUUUAUUUAUAGGCCUCCUAAAAUAGUCCUAACAUUGUCCUAACAUAGUCCAUGUUUCUCUCAAUAGAAUUUAAAACCCCACUCAGUGUGGCACGACAGCGGUCGGCACCAAACGUUUCCGAGCAUGAGAGACCUCAAGGUGGAGCCCCGCAAGAGGAGACGACCCAGCCUCUAACUGAACCGAGACAGCAGACCUCGACCCCGAGUGACCAUUUGAUGCUACCGACCAGCGGCGUGUCUAGGUUGCUCGAUCCCCUUUACCCCAGGCAGCUGUACUUCGAGAGGAACGGACGGGCCAAGUCCCCGGGGUACUUCUUCAAAAAGUUUCAGGAGCUCCGCCACCCACAAGCCACUUACAUGCAAGAUGGCGACGCGGCCAAGCACGUGCCCAACUACCAGGAGACGCCACGCAGGGGCGGCGCCAUGAGAGGCAGGAGUCCUGUGUUUGAUCACAGCAAAACUAAAGCUAUUGACAAUAGCCCGCAGCUAAAGAGAAUCGAGGAAUUGCUUGCUCGUAAAUACGAGGCCAUCGGUAGAGAGGACACACACCAUGUGAGGUAAGAGCAGACGACAGUUGUUUGUUACAUAUCAGAUAUGGGUUAGGUGAACCAGGGUCUGAAAUCAUCAUACAAAAACAUUUUACUAGGAUUUCAGAUCCCAGUGCAUAGAGACUAAUUUAUAUGUAUUACAUUUUAUAUGUAAAAUUUAUGAAACAUUUGUUUUAUUGGCGCUAGCCUUGAUGGUUUGUUUCGGUACAAUUUUUAUUCCCUUUAGUGUAUAAAAAAGUGCUAACCUUAAAAUAGAAAGAUCAUAUCGAUACGGAAUAUUGUCAAGUGUUUUGCAACGUGGACAAAAGCCCGGAAGGGGAGAAGGGUACCAAAAAUAUGGCCGGGGGACAUAAGGAUUCAAAAUAACAUUUAAACAAAUAUCCCGUAGUGUAACGCAUGCUCUGACAUCAUUGUAACUUAGUGGGUUAUGUCAGUAGCAUGGUUACUUGUUUAUGUUAAUACUUCAGGAUGCCGGCUAAGACUUCUUCGUUCUUUUACUUAUUAUCCAGGCACGCAAAUAAGAAUACUGAAUCCUGGUUAAACUUACAGUACUUUAUUGAAUCACAGUUUACACUGAUAAUCUUAAUAAUAAUCCUUGCAUGAAUGUAAUAAUUUCACAUAUAUAUAUAUACAAUAUUCCAUCACUCAGAAAGACACGUCCUCACACUGCUAUAACUCAGCUCAACUGUACUAUAUCUCAACUCUAAUUCAACUGAUCUCAGCUCUAACUCUACUCUCUUCUUUUAAUCAACUCAACUGCCCCUUUUAUUCCCAGCAAAGCGUUGACACGACCGCUUUGACAAAAAACAUAAGUUACUCUCCAAAAACGUGGAGCUCACAUUUGCUUCUCAAAAUACAAUCCACUCUCUCUCUCGUGGAAAAACAUGGUCAACACAAUUCACUGUUCACUCAUGCUACCUCUCUGUUUUCUUGUGACAACAUAGUCCGUUACACGUAGCAAACAAGGGAAUAACGUGUCAUAUAACGAACGAAGUAUAAUACUUCCUACCAUAUUCUCCUCCUCUCAAUCACAACCCCUCGAACUAUCCUUUAUGUUGACUACCCUCGGAUACCUCCAGCUCCAAUCAUCUCUCUGUCACAUCAGCCCGACAUGCCUUAUUUUUUUAAACUCCCUACCUUUAGCUAAACGCCAUCCUUUUUCUCUAACUUACCACCUACCCUUUCCCAUUCGAUCACACUAACUUACCACCUAUCCUUUCUCAUUCAAUCACACUAACUUACCACCUAUCCUUUCCCAUUCAAUCACACUAACUUACCACCUACCCUUUCCCAUUCAAUCACACUAACUUACAAACUACUCUUUCCCAUUCAAUCACACUAACUUACCACCUACCCUUUCCCAUUCGAUCACCCUAACUUACCACCUACCCUUUCACAUUCGAUCACACUAACUACCACCUACCCUUUCCCAUUCAAUCACACUAACUUACCACCUACCCUUUCGAUCACACUAACUUACCACCUACACUUUCCCAUUCAAUCACACUAACUUACCACCUACACUUUCCCACCCCAUUACCCUCUCCUUCACCCGUUUCCCGUUACUAUUUUCCACGCCUUAACAUUACUCACUGACAUUACUUCCAUUUAGCUCAUGAGAGGCAAUUUAAAAAAAAAAUUAAGUAAGUUGGAACGUUAAAAAACAUUAUCCAACAUUUUAUCUCCAACCCACCCCACGUCUUAAAACAUGCACGCUUCCCAAUAAACGACCACCCCGUCCAUUGAGACACUCUGACUUACCACCCACCCUUGCCAAUAAACGACCACCCCGUCCAUUGAAACACCUAAACUGUCUCUCAAAAACCAAGCAACUCUUCACGCAUCCAAUCCUCUCCCACAAUUAUUCUUCAGAUGUUGAUCCUUGUUAAAUCUGCUUGACCCAAUUGUAAUAUACUCAGAUUUUUAUUACGUUGUAGUUGUCUGAUGGCAAAAAAAAAAAAACAAAAAAAAAACAAAGAAACUUGUAUCCAGAGAAAGGAAGACAACUCAUCACGCAACCAAUCCUCUCCCACAAUUAUUCUUCAGAUGUUGAUCCUUUUUAAAUCUGCUUUACCAAAUUGUAAAAACCACAAAUUUUUAUUACGUUGUAGUUGCCUGAUGGCAAAAAAAAAAACAAAAAAAAAACAAAGAAACUUGUAUCCAGUUUUAAGUGUAAAAGAAGACUAGAAUAGCCUAAUUAAACCGUCUAUUCUUUCAAAUUUAUACGUACAUCAAUUCAUCUCAAAUAAGCUACCAUUGAUAAAUCUAUAUACAUAAAUAGGUACUUUUUACAGAAGUAUAUAAACCCCCAGCACAUGUUUCCCCACUUUGUUUUAUUAGGAGACAGAGAGCGAGCAGUCCAUCAACAGCGACGGGGCGUGCUACUGCCCACGAAUUCUACAAUGUCCCGGUGUUACCGUCCUCUGGAACACAGACCGACCCGAUGUCGGACAGCGCUGAAAUGGAGCAGAAACUCAAUAAAACUAGUCACGGAAUGCCGAACCAGAUACCUAUGAACACCAACGAUUUGCAUGCCGGGUACGAUCACAUGGGUUCUCAAACAUUGCACGUUGACAACGCGAGAUCCAAGUAUCCGGUCGAUUCCCAGGUGCCAGCCCUCGUGCUCAACGGAGGAUAUUUUUCUCAAUAUGGCCAGAUAAAAAGCGCAUCAACUGAUCUCAAAGAUGUCGGGACCCAGGUAUCUCCAAAUCCCCCUUCAGCAUUGCAUCCUCGCAUGGUUUUAACCUCAAUAUCCACGCAAUGCCCAUCCAUCCAUUGGGGUUUCGCUUCCAUUCAAACGGAAUCGAAUGGGCACGUUCUUAAAGUGGCAGCGACUCAGGCACAGCAUCUAGAAACACCAGACACUGAAACAUGGAGCAAAGCUGUUCUCGACAAUGCUUAUUACUUUCAGAAUGGCGAUGCGCGAAAUUUAGUCAGAGAUAAGAAUUUUAUUAUAAACUAUAACCCGCAGGCGUGCAGCUCCCUACACGGCGCGCCACUAACAGGAGAUGAAACACUAUCCCUGACAGAUCAUUGCAAUGACAAUAUCAGAAAUUUUUUAAGAUCUUGCGCGGGUGGCGAUACAAGAAGCGCACUAGAAAGACACGUCCCGCCCAUGGCACCUCCCCCUCUGGGGUAUCAUAUCCGAAGAUAUUACAGCAGUUCUGAGACCACGGUUGAGGAUAUAGAAAUAAGGAGAUCUGAUGUCCCCGAAGAAACAGAAGCUCGUAAAGAUAAGCUAAAAUGCGGCGCCAUGGAAGCCAUUCACACAAAGAACAGGAAGCGGGUCAGGGAUGGUCAGCAGGGGGUUGAUCAGGUCGUCGUGCAUCAAAACAAAGCUGUCAAUGACAAGAAAAUAACCAGGGACGCCAUGGGGUACGUCACUAGGAGUGUUGGGGACAGAACGAAAGCCGGCAAGCUCAACACCACCGAAGGGCGAAAGGGGGGCUUCCAAAGAGCGGCCACCACACUACGACGGGGGUACAUUAAAGACGCCAAAGACAAGAAACGGGAAAAACGCGAGAGAAACUUCACAACCCCAGUGAGCCGCGACUUCGCCCAGAACAAGAUCAUUACAUCUGCCACGGGUGUUGCCUCGUGUGAAGGUGAUGGCGCCAAAGUGAAAUAUCAAUACGAACCAACAAAGUUGUCAAAACAUGAACAGCCCGAUCGGACGAAGUACGUUGUUUAUUAUUGCAAGCCUAACGGGUAUGUGAAUGCCGAGGACCUAAAGAAGAAAUACAACCGCAGUAAAGCGCCCAAUUUGAAACUGAUCGACGCCAACGUCUUACCACCAAACGUUGCUUUACAGCCCAUCCUGAUCCGUAAAGGGAGUGAGGGUAAACUGAAAUACCCAUGCUUUAGUUACAAAAAAGGAAUAAAGAAGCGACCUUUAUAUCGAAAAAAUAACCUUUCGAAUUCGAUACGCACCGCUUUCAGGGUCUCGUCUGGUUGUGAUUUAAACACAAACUCCAACGCUUAUGAUCCAGAUGCCAGGGACGAUAGUUACGAGGCGCAGCUGCUGCAGCACCAGGCAGUGGCAUCCGACACGACGCUUGAAACAAUGGAUAAUGAGGACCAGACGGCGGACACACAAAGUGACGACACCUGUGUCACACAUGUCUAUGAAGAUAAAUCCCCUAGUCAUGCAGGAGUUCGGGACUCCCCGCAGCUCAACAAGUCGGAAGAUGAAUUUUCAUCACCCAAAAGGGGCCCACCUCCGGAAAACUGGGAUGAGAAGAAGCACAAUCUACUCCAAGCGUGCAAUGAAGCCAUCAAGACUCGGAUGCAAAGAAGAGAUCUCGUCACUAAUGAAUCUGAUGAAUUCACUGACAGUGAAAAAUUUAGCAAUCCUCUGACGGGGUGCUCUUGCUCUUCAUCCACCUUAGCUGCCGGCCAGAAGAUGUACUCAGAAAUGUCUCUUGAACUACAAAGCAGCAAGAGCCCGGCCCUGGCGGAGCCUCUCACCAAAGAUGAUCAGAUACAAUCACUUUCUGCCAAACGCGCUAGUAGGACAAAGCAAACGGAAGCUCUGUACAUUAAGUUUGAAAGCAGCUUGUCCAAGAAAGUAACGACAGUGGUGAAAGAGAAAAAUAAGAGCCCGAGUGAAAAGUUUAGGUCCGACUACAAGCAGCUGCAGUUGCAGGACGACAACCCCAAGAGCUUGACGGAAGGAGAGAAGAAACCAACAGCGCAAGAAGUGCCCCGAUACACCAGAAUUAUUCGCUUGAACGACGAGGUUGUUGAUAAGAAAACGGGUAGAAAGCAGAUAUCAGAGACAAGCCUUCAAACGAAAAGAAGUAUGUUGAGAUCCCCAAGGGCUGCAAGCAAGGAAUUGGUGUUGGCGUGCAUUGAAUCAGAGCAUCGAUUUGACGCGGUCAAAGAUUUACUGAGUGCAGCUUGUAAGGGCGAAGACUUUCGUCACUCGCCACCCAAGUGUAUUUCACCUUACAAGCCGUCUUACGAGCCCCUUUACGAGCCCCCUUUCGAGCCGCCUGCGGCCAUUGACCCCGAAGAGCCAAGUGAAGACAGGAGUGUAGACUUGGUGGGCUCGAAGGAGUGUUCUGAAACUAUCAAAAGCGAUCCUUCGGAAGUACUAAAGACUCCAGGUAAAAAAUCUCAGUCGGCGGAAUCGAGCGGCUCUAAACGAACUAAAAGAGAUAAAUCAGAUUCACCGACCCCCCGUAAAUCAAAGGAAAGAACCCAGCGUAGAACUAAGUACAAAAGGGUAGACAGUCCCACUGAGCCUAAGAAGACCUCCAAGAAAAAGAAAUCGACAAGUAAAAGUAAAAACAAGUCUGAAGUGAGCAGAGACAGAAGUCAAACAAGAACCCGAAAGAUAUCUUCGGGAACUUCUACGAGGAAGAGUCCAGUACGACCGGCAAGUUCCACAAAUACACAGGAGCGGAAAGCCAAAAAGCGGGGCUCGAAGACAAAGUCGGCUGAAAGGAGCCAGAGCGAUUAUUUCCCGAUGAAACCUGAAAAAAUCAAGGGCAAGAAACUUGUCGAGAAAGCAUCAGAAAAAAAGAAAAAGAAGCGAGUCAAAGCUGAGGUGAUUUUAAACGAUGAUGAGGCGAGCGACGAGGAUGACACUGAAAGUGUUGGCAGGCAAUGCCAGUCGUCACUGAGCGCGCCAGUCAACACUGAAGUGACUGUUUAUACACGAAUUCGAACGCCGUCUCCGCGAUCCUGCAGUCCAAUUAUACAAAACCGAUCUGCUUCGCCAACAUUUUUUCGUGGGAGGCAAGACUCACGGCAAGGGCUGGGCUCGAACCAAUGUGAUGAAGAGAAAACUCGCAGCUUGGACCGGCAGUUAAUUAGUCAAGGAGGCAGGUUCAAGGACCAGAAGCCUAAAAGUCACGCGGCUAUUUCUGCUGACAACAUAGUCAAUUCGGGCGCUGUAUCUAAACACUUGCGUCCCACCGAGUCCGUGCCGGUCUUUGUGGAAAACCAGGUCCAACCCCGCCCACCGAAAGCCGCACAAUCGGUUAACGCAAACAAACUAAAAAAGUCGGAGAAAGAUCUACAAAAAGCGGAGCUCGGCUGGAACAGUUCACUUUCCGCAACAGCUCAAAGAGCGGCCGCCGAGCGGGCGAAGAUGCUUCAAAAACGUAAAGCGAAAUACUCCCUUGCUAAAGUCCGUAACGCUCCUAAUAAAGGCCAGGAGACGGGCACAGCGGUGCCACGCAGGCCAAUGCAACGCAAGGGUCAGGCGGAAGGUGACAACGUCUGCAGUGGGAGUGAAAAGGAAGACAAAUCCGAGCCCGUCUUGCGAGAGAAACCUAGCACCAGCCAAGUGAAAUCGGUGCAGUUCUCAGAGAGUAUCGAGGACCUUGAAGCCCAAAAACAUGUUAACGCAAGUGAUUCGGUUCAGCUGGGCAAUGUUUCUAAUCGGUCUGAAGGGGACGUUCUCACCCACAAAAACUGCGCACCCGGCGCACAGUGUAUGAAUGCGGAAUUUGGAUCUUUCGAGAGGGCCACCAAGCGCGAGGCAUCCGAUUCAGUCAACGAAAAAUCCGAUCGUUCUGUUGAUAAAAUCACAGUCGAGCCGCGUUCACACAGCACACCACCAAGGCGCAAACGUCCGGUCUGGCUAAAGAAAGCGAGCAAACCCGAAGAAGGGAAACCAUCCGAUGGCGGGAAAGAAAAACAGGCCGCGGCAAAGCAAAUCGCGGCUCCGAUGAAACUUAAACUAGGUCAUUCGGCAGAAAACAUGGCAAACGGUUCCAAGUGUAACACGCAUCUCUAUUACACGCUGAAGACUGGAAAGGCGUCGCCGAAGACGAGCAAUCUCAGUCUGAGUGGUAAAGCAACAGUUUCCUACAACACUAGGAUCAACGCUGUUUUCAUGACCCCGCCCGUGAAUAAAUCGUCUAAAAAAGCGAUUGCUUCCGUCGGCUCCCCCGUGGACAUUAAGGAGAUCAUAGAAGGCACGUCCGUCGACGUUUUCGACCACUGCAAAAUGACCAACAUCAGAUCAGCGAAAUCUGUGCCGUCCAUCGGGUUGGCCGCUGGGAAAAAACUCAAAUUAACCAGUGACGUUCGGUCAAUGACAGGCAAGAAGAAGAAGAACUCCAAGGCUCGCGAGAGCGGGUCACUUCGCUCCCUGUGCUCGAACGAAACGUACGAGGACCACGUACGCCUCACGUCCAAAGACAGAGCGAGCCCAACGUACUCCGUGUCUACUGAAGUGGAUGAGGGUGCAGUCGCCUUAAAGCCAGGAUCCUCCUCACUGGUAAGCUAUGGCCACGCAAGAAGACGUGAGAAGAAGCAUUCGAAGAAGCGCGCCCUCCCAUUGAACGAGGCAGUGGACUGGCAGUUGCUAGCCAGGCCGGAGGAAGCGAACAGGGCCGAGAUGAGAAGGGUACAUUACUAUGGGGACAUGCUUGACAUCGUGAGUCAUCUCACCUCUCCUCUUGAAUUUUCCACAUAGCUAGUUUUCCAUAAUGAUUGAUUAAACAUUGGAAUUUUUUUUUUUUAAUGGAAUAGGUUAAUUUAUCAAGUUAAACACAUUUAAUCAAGAGAAAGAAAACUAAUCAUAAUCUAUGGUUUGAAGACAUAAUUGGAGACCUGAUCUUAUGUAUUAUUAUUACAGAAAAACAACUGUAUUUUUUAAUGACUGAGCCUACUUUUAUGUUUCUCUUUCUUUAAGAAAUACGGUUACAAAAACAAAGAUACUUUUUAACUGUAGGCUUUAGGACAUCAACCUUUUUACAGCAAAUGUUACUGAUGUACACAACAUUCAGGGUGUUUCUAAUUACUUUUGUAAAUUCAAUUUUUCUCUGUAAUGAAUUCGUCAGGGUGGUCGUGAUAAAAGAUUGGGUACCCUGGUAACAAGAAUAGAUUGUAUGCAGAGUGCAUAUAUUUGUGUUCAAGUUAAAAUAUUGAUAACGAUUGGUCUGAUACAUUUGGUGGGUGGGGCAGCGAUGCAUGUUCCUUUAAAAAAAAAAAAAACUACCAACGUAUUCUAUCCACAGGACGUCUUCCACCUGGGACUGGCCUGGAUGGUACAAGGGUUUUUCAACAGGAUCUCAUACUUCAACCCUUGCCAACAACCUUCUACGAAUGCUUCCGGUGACAUGCCUGCCAACCAGCAGAUCACCGACUAAUUGGCUUUGUCGUCUCAUCGGACCAACGUGAACACGGUGAACCAAAGUCUUACAGAGUGGACAUCUGUCGUCUGGCUUGACCGUAGUUUGGAAUAGACAUCGGGGAAUCUUUAAGUUAAACAAAAAAAAGUGCUGAUGACGUCAACAUCAGGCGGCUGCAUCUCGUGUUGUCCCAGUGGGUUUCUCCGAUAUUGUGUUGUUUCCAUUUCCAGAAAUCAAGGAUUAUUUUACAGUAUUGACAGCUUCUUCAACUGUCAUCGGGGAUUUAUUUGCAGCACGCUGAGCUCAGUUAUCUAUUUGCAGUUUUGCAGUACACAAACGAUUAAAAUUACACAAAAGAUCACAAAACUUCUUAAAUAUUCGACUAAUCGUGAUAGACGAAUUUUAGAUAAUACACUUGAGAUUGAGUGAACAGUACAAUAUAACUGAAAAUAACUUUUAUUUGCUAAGUUUAAACUUGAGAUACCACUCUGAAUCUUUAAUUCUUAAAACUGGCAGGUUCAUAGUUCGUUUCAUUUGGCCAAUCUGUUUUAAAAGUAACAUCCCUCAGCUCUCAAUUCUAUCAGUAAUCGACUCAUCUCCACCUUUUUACAAAAUUUCGGCCGUGAUCAAAUCGUCCAAGAACCUUACAAUUGGGCGCACUGCAUCAAGGACCCUGUUGAAAACGUGAAGCACUAACAGGGUGCACCGUGCAGCACUAACAGGGUGCACCGCUGACUAUUUACAGCCAACUUUCGCCCGAGUGCAGCUUGUUAAAGCCGUUUCCCUGAUGUCCUGAAGCCUGUCUCUAGAGAAUGAAUUCCGUGUCAGAAGUGUUAACAUUGACACCAAAUAAAACAAAUGUGAAUAAAGCCUUGUCUUCCCAACAGUUCUCAAUAAAUACGUGCAUGCAGUCUUUACCCCUCUUGAGUGACGUCAAUGGUAAAUAUUAGAAGUAAUCAUCUGCUGGUUAGACCCAGGGCUGUGGACUUGUUUUUAAAUUUUAAUUUUUAAUUAUUUUUUUUUAUGAAGAUUGAGAACCACUGAUGGAUUUCAUAACUAAAUUUAAAUAUAAGGAUGGAAUUGUAAGGUUUUAUUUCCCACUUACAGCCCUGGUUAAAUGGGGACAAAAUAGUAUUGGAAUAAUUGAAAUCAAG